AUGAAGCUGUCCUCCGUUAUCACUCUUUGCUUGGCCAGUGUUGCCUAUGCCAACAUCAAGUGCUACUGCACUAAAGACCAGAGCCAGCUCGGUGACCCAGAUGUAACCUCCAACACCUGCUGCGUUUCCGGCGAUGGCAUUACCUUCCCUGACGGAAAAGACCGAAAGGGCACCUGGUCGGCCGACAAGCAGUGCAUCCUCCAAACAAAUGGGCUUGGAUACCCCCUGAACUCGUAUAUCAGUGCGUAUGCCGCUUGCUGCAGAUCGACUGGCCCCCAGACGGGAUACAAAUAUGGAGGCAACUGCUACUCAAUCUAG